CGGCAAAACCGAUCAGCACUCAAAUCAACGAUAUAGGGGAGGAUAUACUUAUAUCGCGCGCGCGUUUCUUUUUCAUUACCGCGGCUGGAUACCGGCUACUUCCCGAAUCAUUGCCACCUGAUGCGGACAUAGCAUGUUCGCUCGAUCCUUAACUAUCAACAAAUCAUCAACAACUCUGCUAGGAUGCCACCCCGAGGACCUACAAAAAGUCGCGAUUUCGACUACUCCAAUGUGGGUAAGGCUGGUAGACGCACGGGCAUUACUCUAAGGGAAGGGAAACUUGAUGAACAUGGCAUGGAAGAGAUUGAGGGGAUUUUCUCAUCGCCGGAGAAAUCUCCUGUUAAGAUUAAUGGCCAUGGCUAUGGAAACGAUACGUUGAAUUCGGAGGAUAUGGAAACUGGAGACAGUAGCAUCCCGGAGCCAACUGACGUACUUUCAGGCCGACGCGGACAACGAAACCCCUUACUUUUACUCCCUCGAUCGCGCUCCCCGAUGAAAACACACAUGUCCGGUUCCCCUCGAAGAACUCCAGGGAUCCGUUCGUCUUCUGUUGCGCAUCAUGGACAAUCCUCCAGCCCUACUUCUGCGCGGCCAGCAGCCAGAAGGACUCUCGACUUUUCUCAUGCGCCACGCUUAGCCAGAUCUUCUCCCCGGGCGUCCCUGGAAGUCAGUGAACCUGCGGACUUCUCGGAUGAUGGAGGGGAGGAUACGCACUUUGUAGAGUCGUACGGAGAUUAUCACGAAAACUUCGAUAAUGCAGAUGGCGGCUCGCCAAAAGGUUAUAAUCAAAAUGAUGGCGACGAUCAUGAGAAUGACUUGCCAGAUGAAGACCCAGACAAGCCAGAUGAUGUAGAAAGUGAACCCUCACCCUCAAUAGUUGCGAAAACGGCAGGGGCGAAGCGCAGGAACGUGCCUUCCAAACCAAAGGACCCAGUCCGAAAAAAACAAGAACGUGAGGUAACUUCAGACAAAGUCACUGAUGCGCCAGCUAAGUCUGCACAAAAACAACGAGGAAGAAAGCCAAAAGCCAUAACUACAGAUGUAUAUCAUGAUGUCGACGAGGAAGCGGAAAGUUCGAGAGCACCGAAGAGAGCGAAAACAGGUGGUUCACAAUGGCGAUCCAACCUCCAUAUGUCCAUCGAGCAAGAGCAAGAACUAAAUUCAGUAGUGGAGAAUAUCACAAAGCGAAGUGGACCCUUGAAAAACCGAAGUUUAUAUAUUCUCAAAAGAGAAACUCCUUCAGAUGAAUCUGCAAAGCACACUCGUUCUGGCCGAGUAUCAGUGCGUCCACUUGCGUAUUGGCGCAACGAACGGUGUGUGUAUGGAGAUGGGGCUGCGGAAGUUGGACAACGUUUUCCGUUAUCGACGAUCAAAGAAAUUAUUCGAACAGAAGAGCAGGAUACAAGGGUAGACAGGAAGACGAAAAAAUCCAAGAAAAAAUCUAAAUCUAAGUCCAGAUCAAAAAGAUCAAGGGACGAUCCAUCUGAUGAUGAUGAUGAAGAUAUAGAUAAUGUAGAGCCGUGGGAAACGGAAGAAGGAGUGUUCUACGGCCCGGUGAAGAAGUGGGACCCGGUAACCCAAAGCGCUACGCAGGAAGAGGAGAUGAUAGAUGUUGCCUUUGCUCCUUCUGCAAUAGAAACGCAUGAAGUGAAGGAUUCUACAUUCCGCUUCGCAAAAAUACUCAAUAACGUCUUUCUGGGUUCUGGGUUUGUUGACAUGCCGCCUGGUGCCGUCAAGAGACCAAAAAACUCUAAGAAAAUGCAUAUGGUGUUUUUUGUCUACCACGGCCGAAUACGCGUUAAUGUGUCGGAUCUUCAAUUCAGUGCUGGAAAGGGGUGCGUUUUUCAAGUUCCCCGAGGAAAUAAUUACAGCUUCGCCAAUGAUUAUGACAAACCUGCUGCGCUCUUCUUUACCCAGGGAUGUGUUCCCCCGAGCAAGGAGGGCGAGAUUGAUGGUACUGAGCCAGCUUCCGUACAUCCUGGAAUAUCUGCGGACGCACCACAAGGCACGAAGAGAGCCAGAACGAAGCAGAGUUGAGUGCUACUGUUUUGGUGAUGAUCGCUUUUAUAGUUGUCAAUUUAUUGGCCUGAGUAUGGUUAUGGGUGCAAGAGUUGACUCGUUCUAUUCAGCAUUUUAUUUUAAUUCAGGGAAUAUUUAUGGGAUCACAUUUCUAAAGCACCUUGAGAAUAUCCUUUAUGCUCUUGUGAUGCUGCAUUUUAUAUCUGGCGGUUUGGUAGGCGUGGUGAUUUCAGCCGGUUGUUAAGAUCGCAUGCUGGAGGAAAAAGGCAUAUUUUGUGGAAUACUUUAUACUCAAAUCGGGGCGCAUUUGCUUCCCUUGUAUAUUCAAAAAC